UUCUCUUGUUUUAAAUUUCACCAACUGCCUUUUACAAGUGUUCACCUGCUCAACAACGUGUUUUUGUCUCAUCGUACACUUACAUACAUGACCUUUGCAUGCUUCUUGCUUUUUUUUUUUCCUUCAGUUUGAAUUUAUUGGUGAUUCGUUGAGCGCACUGCUGAAACACGCCCAGUGGAUUGUGAUAGGUACACUUUAUCUGGAAGCUCCUCCUCAACUUUUUCACAGGGAGUCAAAGAUUGUGUUUGCAUAAUUUGGUGCCUUGUGAAAAGAUGUUGGAAGAACUCUUGCAGGCUCCUGUUUUGCUCUCUUUGUCGGGGGCCUUCGCCACGUUGCUGGCCAUCCGCCUUCUCUUCACCCGCUUGAGCUUCCAAAGCCAGCCUAAUUUAGUACUUCCAGGGCCCAGACCGCUCCCCCUGCUCGGUAACCUGCUUCAGUUGGAUCUCAAAAGACUGGAUGAGUCUCUUUUCAGUCUGUCCAAAACCUAUGGACCGGUUUUCACCGUCAAAUUUGGACCUAAGAAGGUGGUGGUCUUGGCCGGGACCAAGGCGGUCAAACAGGCUCUCAUAAACCAUGCCGAGGAGUUCGGGGAGAGAGACAUCAAUCCGUUAUUCCACGAUUUCAACCAAGGACAUGGCAUCAUAUUUGCCAACGGGGAUUCAUGGAAGGAAAUGAGACGUUUCACCCUGACGACGCUGAGAGACUUCGGGAUGGGCAAGAGGCUCAGUGAGGAGAAAAUUAUCGAGGAGUGUCACUUCCUCAUCGAAGAAUUUGAACAACACAAAGGCGAAGCCUUUGACAACUCAAUAAUCAUGAGCUACGCAGCUUCCAAUAUCAUCUCGGGGAUCAUGUUUGGAAAGAGGUUUGAAUACAAGGACAAGGUUUUCCAAGAGAUGAUAGAGAGAGACCACGAGACCAUCUACAUGGCUGGAUCGGUUGCUAUCUUGCACGAAAUCCAGAAGCUGCACUACCAUGAUGAAAACCUGCUCAACAGUGUCAUCAAUUUGUUCGGAGCGGGCACUGACACCACAGGCAACACACUUAGCUGGGGUCUUCUCUUCAUGGCCAAAUACCCUCAAAUUCAAGAUCAAGUCCAGGAGGAGCUGAGCAGGGUGGUCGGAGUCCGACAGGUCCAAACGGAGGACCGCAAGAACCUGCCUUUUGUGAACGCCGUCAUCCACGAGACGCAGAGGCUGUCCAACAUCCUCCCCAUGGCCAUCCUACACCAAACCAGCAAAGACAUCACUUUCCAGGGUUACUUCAUCCAAAAGGGGACCGCCGUCCUCCCUCUGCUGACUUCCGUCCUCUACGAUGAGACCGAAUGGGAGACGCCAAACACGUUCAACCCCUCCCACUUCCUGGAUGAGGAGGGUAACUUCGUCAAGAGGGAUGCUUUCUUGCCCUUCUCUGCAGGCCGCAGAGUGUGUCUGGGCGAGGGUCUGGCCCGGAUGGAGCUCUUCCUCUUCUUCACGUCCCUCCUCCAGCGCUUCCGCUUCACUCCUCCACCCGGGAUUUCUGAGGACGAGCUGGAUUUGAAGCCCGUGGUGGGCUUCACCCUCCGCCCCACGCCUCACCGGCUGUGUGCCGUCAGGCGCCACUGAGGAGGAGUUUUUAAUCGGAAACCCCUUUGCACUCAAUCAAAUGUGAUGUGGUUAACCCUCGCAUAUUCACAGUUCGGCAUUCCCUAUUUGCGGCUUUUAUUCGGGUGCCUAUCUACCAUUAUUUGCCAAAAUUGUUUCCAUUUUAAGCAGUGGGUAUUUGAAUAGAGGGCUCUGGCCUUUUAGCAAUUACCCACAAUGCACUACCGGCGGCCAUAUUGGAGGGCUGUUAUAAACAAGCCAUACACGAAUAGACUUCGUUUUUUCGGUUAUACAAACCGUGCAACUGCAAUAAUAUAACAAUACCCACUGGCAUAUAUUCUGUAUUCAGUGCAAAACAAAUAUUGAUAUUACUGCAGUUUACUGAGCAGUUGUAGCCAUCUUUGUGUAUCGUGGAAAAAAUUGACGGAACCUCACUGCUGAUGAACGAAAACCCCAUAGUGGUCACGGAAAUAACUUGAAUCUGACGGGAGUAACAAUAAAUAAGAAUUUAAUGACAUCUCUAUACA